AUGAGCGGUCGUGGACACAUAAUGCAAGCGUUAGCAUGCAUAGCCCUACUGGUAUUAUGUAUGAAACAGUGUCAGUGCUCGGUGGUUUUUGACCCUGGUAAUGUGAGCUCACACCUGUCUGCCAAAACCGAUGACGGUAGAACAGGUCACUCCAAUUACGUGCGAUCAAACUUAUCUAGCAAAGCGGAAGGAACCUUGCUGUAUAUACCUGGGAGAGUCAGCUAUGAGCAAGUUGAACAGAUGCAAAAGUUCGCGAUAGGUAUUCUGGGCAAAAUCGGCGGUACCACUGUAGACAAUGUAUCUAAACCAUUAUUCGCCUACGUGAACAUGACAGCACAGGACAUAGACGACAACCUUAGAACCGAUGAUGGUCAGAAGGUUCGACAGAAUUCACUACUCAUCUGUCCCAAGUUUUAG